CUAAAUUAAGAGACUCUGGUUCGGAAAUGUUUUCAACGGCCGAUGCAUGGCCACGAGGGCAACGGCGCUUAUAUCAAACCUUGUUGGUUUUAUGCGCGUCUCACACCCACUGCCGUCCGCGAAUGCCUGUUAGACAGAUUCCAAGGUAGAUUACACAGGCGUGUGGCUAUAUCUGCAAGGCUGCUUUUGGGUGUAGCGCCUGUGCUGCCCAUAGGAUAUAGCUUGCUGGCCUGGGGGUCCCAUGUUAUGCCCAGCUGACUUGGUUGAAUGUUGGAGGGUUGUUGCCUGUGGAUUGUCUGUGAGAUAUCGGGAAUAUUGAGAUUAUGCUUUCUGUUGCUUUGGAGGAAGGCUUCUUUCUCGUCGACUUCAGUCCUCACCGGUUAUCUCGUGUGGAGGCAGUGUAUCUGGCUAUCCAACAUAUCAAUGCUUGCGUGUAUCAACUGGACUGGAUUGAUUCAGCAUGGCUGAGAGGGAUUCCUGAGGGAUGUCAAGGCAGACUGGUUAUAUUGCUUCUCAGAAUUGGAACUGAGUGAAUAGGUGGUGAUUCAGUGAGCAUCAGUAUCUGCAAUAACUGAGUGGAUCUUUC